GUACUCCAUUUUGCUAAGAGGCGGUGGGCAGCUUCCUCUCUAUAAAGGAAGUACGGAGUACUUUCCAGACAGACGGACGGAGGAGUAUUUCGCAUUGGAGGGGACGCUCAUCUUUGUGGUUGCACAGAGAGAGUUCACAAGUUUUAGCUACAUAUCUUUCAGCAAUUUCUCGACGGGUUGUCCACAUGGCUGACAGCGACUCUGCGAACUCCUCUACUGCCGCCGCCACAGUUCAAUCCGGGGGUUCCAAUCCUCCCCCUCCCGAGUCGAAACGAUGGGCAGAUGUUGCUGAUGAGGCAGAGGCAGAGGUGGAGCAAGAGAUUCCCGAAUCUUCCUCGACCGAGGUUAACUUGGAUUCAUUGGCUAUCGACGAGUCCAGACGAGAUCAGAGCACGCUCACUGACCCAGACGACUCAACCAUUGAAGCUUUUACAUCUGGGGACACUCCUUAUACAUCAGCUAAGAGGUUUGAAGACUUGAACUUAUCACCGGAAUUGCUGAAGGGUCUAUACGUUGAGAUGAAGUUUGAGAAACCUAGUAAGAUACAGGCAAUUAGUUUGCCCAUGAUCCUGACGCCUCCACACAAAAAUCUAAUCGCCCAGGCUCACAAUGGUUCUGGGAAGACCACUUGUUUUGUGCUUGGAAUGUUGAGCCGAAUUGAUCCAACACUCAAGGCUCCCCAGGCUCUCUGUAUCUGCCCAACAAGAGAGUUAGCCAUCCAAAAUAUGGAAGUGCUUCUGAAGAUGGGAAAGUUCACUGGCAUAACCUCAGAAUUAGCAAUACCGGCGGAUCCUUCAAACUACAUUCCAAUUCAAAAGAGACCACCUAUUACAGCACAAGUAAUUAUUGGCACACCUGGCACAAUAUGCAAGUGGAUGUUGGCGAGGAAAUUGGGUAUGAGUCAAAUGAAGAUUCUUGUGUUUGAUGAGGCGGACCACAUGUUGGCAGAGAGUGGUUUUCGCGAUGAUUCAGUGAAGAUAAUGAAGACAAUUGCAAAAGCCCAUUUUGAUUGCCAGGUCCUCCUUUUCUCAGCUACUUUUGAUGAUGCUGUGGCGGCUUUCGUGUCAAAAAUAGUUAAGGAAAUCUUUGUCAAAGAUUAUAAUCAAAUGUUUGUCAAAAAGGAAGAGCUAUCACUAGACUCUGUAAAACAGUAUAAGGUGCAUUGUCCUGAUGAGCUUUCGAAGAACAUGGUCAUUAAAGAUCGAAUACUUGAACUCGGAGAGAGAGUGGGGCAGACAAUAAUAUUUGUGCGGUCCAGGAAUAGUGCAUCUGUGCUUCACAAAUCUUUAGUUAGCCUUGGCUACGAGGUCACCACAAUUCAAGGCGCUUUAAAGCAAGAGGAUCGAGACAGAAUUAUAAAAGAGUUUAAGGAAGGACUGACUCAAGUGUUAAUCUCAACUGAUCUACUUGCUCGGGGCUUUGACCAGCAAGAGGUUAACUUGGUUGUCAAUUAUGAUCUUCCUGUGAGAUAUGAACAACCCACAGAGCCUGACUACGAAGUUUAUUUGCAUCGGGUUGGCCGUGCAGGGCGCUUUGGCCGCAAAGGUGCUGUAUUCAACCUACUUUGUGGUGAUAGAGACGACAUGAUUAUUGCCAAAAUAGAGGGAUACUUCAAGUCCCAAAUAGCUGAGGUGAGCCCGUGGAACAGUGAGGGGGAAUUCAAAGUCGCCUUACAAAACGCAGGGCUUCUAGAAGAUCACCAGCAUUGAUUCAAUCAUACAUCAUACGAUGCUUGCAGCAGCUGCAGAUUAUUCCAAGGCUAUUUAAUUACAACCCCCAAACAAGUCGUUUCCACCUCCAUUUCCCAGUUGUGAUAUCAAUUCUGCAUAGUGAAUAGAAGAUUUGUUGAGACAGAAUUACGAGUUUUGUUUGCUGUAAAAGUCUAUUCAGGAGUUGUGUUUGUUUCAUGACUAAAAGUGACAUUUGUCUGAAGUGAUUUGUGCUAUAAACAAUCACUCUGUUUUCUUCUUCUCUUGAUCUAAAUAUAAAAUUCCAAACUGUUAAUUUUUGUC